AUUCCUGUCCUUUACCUUAAAUACCGCCGUCGCGCAACGCAUCUCUGUUCUGUGACAAGAAGAGUUGCCAGGUUCUCAGAGUCAGAAAGCCAUAACAGUCACGUGAUCAAAUACUUUCACAGCGCCAUCUACUUCCCACCAUCUUGCAUUGAGAUUCUUUCUGUCUCAAACUUCUUGCCGUCUUCUUCUUCUCGUCGAUAAAAUCUUCAAGACAUUGAAUCUAUUGUGCAAACUCCAGCAUCCCCAAUACAAACCGUAGCCAUGCCCGCCGCAACCCGCACUCUUGAAAACGCAGUCCUGCAAGCCCAUCGUGCAAAGGGCGUACGCUAUCCGAGCGCACAACAAAAAGACUGCUUCAAAACUUGGUACUCGUAUGCGCUGCGUCAGGGAGAGGCGCAGAAGACGAGUCGCAAGGCUAUUGAGGAGCAUGGGAGGUUGUUGAAGGAGAUUAGGGAGCAGGCGCCGGGGGGUAGGACGUACCUUUGAUUAAAAUAUGGUAGCAGAGUUCUGGAUUUUAACUUAGGGGAUACCGCGCGCAGUUUGUGAUCAUGGAGAGGAUGGGGGCUGUGUUGUAUGUAGUCUACUACCCAAUUUGUCUUGGAGAUAUCUUUAAUCGAAAUAUUAUUGCGAUAUUGCAUCACUAGAACAGAAGCAACAAUUAUCUAGCAACAUGGCUAUUUUUCGAUGGACAUUCGUUUCAA